GUUACGUGUUCAGGUAUUAAAGAGGCGCCGCGGGCUGCACGUCGUCUUCGUUUCCUUGCGUGGCUCUUUGGUGGCCCUCGCGCGCUCACGCACGUACACGCACGUACACGCAGUCACACGCAGGAGGGAGGCGCGCGCGCAAUUCACACCGAGGAGAGACGCUUGACUGCAGUCGUGUUGAGGAAGGCAAAGGCGAGGAGGCAAUCAUCACAGCGUUGAUGAGCAUGGAGUCCUGCUACCAGGGGGGCCCCGAGGAGUGCGAGGGUCUGGAGGAGGUUCUGGUGGCAGCUGCGGCGCAAGCAGAGGCAGCGGGCGCGGUGGAGGCGGGCGGGGCGGCGGAAGGCGUGGCCGGCGUGUCCUGGGGCGGCGCAGCCUCUCUGGACGAUAGCCUGACCAGCCUGCAGUGGCUGCAGGACUUCUCCAUCACCGGGGGCGGCGUCCCAACGCUCACGCCGGGGAAACCCACAGCGGCCGCCUACAGCCGGCUGUUGCAGCUGCCCGCCAUCGUGGCGCGUGGCCACUGCCCGGACGAGGUGGACUACAAGACGGACGCGGGCGUCAAGCCGCCUUACUCAUACGCGCACCUCAUCUGCAUGGCCAUGAAGCACAGCAAGCAUAACAAGAUGACGCUCGCCGGCAUUUACAAGUGGAUAACCGACAACUUCUGCUACUUCAAGCACGCCGAGCCCACAUGGCAGAACUCGAUCCGCCACAAUCUAUCGCUCAACAAGUGCUUCAUCAAAGUUCCCCGUCAGAAGGACGAACCGGGCAAGGGCGGCUUCUGGAAGAUCGACCCGCAGUAUGCCGAGCGCCUCCUGAGCGGCGCCUACAAGAAGCGCCGCAUGCCACCCGUCAGGAUCAACCCGGCGCUGCAGAGCCGGCUGGGGCUUGUCACGCAGCCGCCUAAGAGUCCUGCUGGCACCCUGCGCGCUGAUGCCCGUUCCCAGCGGCUCCUGCGGGAGUUUGAGGAGGCCACGGAGCAGACUUGGGACGCCUGCCUGGCCCAAGGAACCAUGUUGGGAUCUUGGCCGGCAUCCCGAGGUGGUGCCAAGAGGAAGUUGGGCCGCAGGAACGGCGGAGGCAAGACCAUCCGCCGCCCCAGCUCCCCGCUCCUCGCCGCAGAUGAGCAGAAAGAGAGCGGCCCCCUAAAGGGCGACUUUGACUGGGACGCCCUGCUGGAUUCGGCGCUCAGCGGCGAGCUCAGCCUGGACGCCGGCGACACCCUGGGCCCCAUCAUUCAGGAGGACGAGCUAAGCGUGCAGGCCAGCGCCCCCACGGGGGAUGCGGACACACUGGCCGAGUCCCAAAAGUCCUUCCUGGGUCUGGGUUUCCUGGAGAGCCCCUGGCCGGAGGAAGACGUGGGGUCGGAGGUCGAACGCAGCGACUUCCUGUGCGGCUCCGGCGUCAACCUGGAGCAACUGUUUGACCUUGGGGAACCCCCUACCGACUCCUUGCUCUGAGGUCACCCUCCACCCUGAACUUUUGAUACUCAUGGGACUUCCUGUUUACAUCACGUAUGAGGGAUGACAUUUCAACAUCCAUUUUCUGCACCCUGAUCUUCGAUAAAUAAGCUGGAACACAAAUCCACGGAACCACGCAUCCAUCCAUCCAUACAUACAUGCAUACAUUCAACAACCAUCCAAACGAGCUAUCGUCCAAAAAUCCAUCCACCCAACAUUCCAUCAUCCAUCAUCCACCCAUCCAUCAAAUGUCCAACCAGCAAUGGAUGGGUUGUUGGAUACAUAGAUGAAUAGAUACAAAAAUCUAUUUAUUCAAACAACAAUCCCUCCAACUAAACAUCCAACAACCCAACUCUCCAUCCAUCCGUUCAUCCAUUUCAGGAUGACUAAAGGCAGAGUACACCCCAAACUGGUUGCCAGGCAAUCGCAGGGUACAUCUGGACAAACGCACGUUCCCACCGAUAAACAAGUUCUUGAUCUUCAAUGAAGCUAACAUGCUAACGGGAGAAAGCCGAAGUUCCAGCGCUCAGAUUCCAACCCUGAACCUCAAAACUCUUGAGGCAGACGCCUUAACCCACUCGACAUUUGUUCACGGGUGUGACCGAGAUCAACUUCAAAAAUCACAUUGAAAUCAUAGCAUCGAACUUCCUGUUUUGGCUCCGCCUCCUCAGGCUCGACUUCCAGUCGCAAUGGACAAAUAUCCCUUUGUCAUUUGUUAGCGUUUGCCAAAUAAUGCCUCUGUCAACUUUGUGAACUUCGAAAGACAAGAUCAGUCCAAGUGAUGACCUGUGGUCAGAAGAUUGUCACGUGACCUGUGAACACCGGCAUGAGGAAAAGAAAGGACAGAAGUCAUAUGACUUAUAUUCACGUUCGUUCCUGUGACAUCACGAUGACAUCACAUCUCAAGAUUCAUUGGCUCUUCUCUUUUUUUAUGCAAUUUUUUUCCAAACAAUAAAAAUGGC